CAGUGCCUUACUAGAUCACGUUAUUUCCGACCGGGCACCGCUGAUCAUGGAUGCAAUGAGUUUGCAACCUCCACUCUCACCUUUAGCACAACAUAAUGGCUACCACCAUCACACUACCCUACUAUGCGCCUGACAUUCCCUACACGCUACCCUCGGCUUCAGAGAUCGAUGCAGCACCCGACAUAUCCCUGGCGUAUGGAGGCCGAAGAAUAGUUGAGAUUGGAGAACAUUUCGUGGUGAAGUUUGGAACGGGCGUGAACCUUGUUGAAGGGGAGAACAUGUUAUUUGUUCAAGAGAACACCAAACAACAUACGGGCAGAAGAUGUCUGCUUGAUGAAAUAUUCUGGACUUAUGACCCUGAACCGUCGAUUAAUGGACCAUACUCUCUUCCGGCAGGGGGUAAGUGCACGGCAGUCAACAGUCGCCUCCCACGAGGAUCUUUUCCGCUACACUUCCGCCUUAAUGAACACCUGCGUUUAUCGGAACGCUUCCCAAAAUUCGACGUGCUUGCGCUUCAAAACAUCGUGUCAAGUGCAUCUGGUUAUUCAAUAUCCGAACUCCAGUCCUUUAGUAAGUUAUCAGAGGGUGGGUACAACCGCGUAUUUGAGGCUACUUUCAGCGAUGAAAAGUGUGUUCUCGCGAGACUACCCUAUCCAAGUACAGUGCCAGAGCAUUAUACAGUAGCGAGCGAAGCAGCGACUAUGAGAUACCUUCGCCUACAUGGAUUUCGCAUACCAGAGGUAUAUGCCUGGUGCUCAACGAAGGCUAAUUUGAUUGGGGUUGAGUACAUCAUUAUGGAAAAGUUGGAUGUUACUCCUCUUGGUCAUAGAUGGUUUUCAAUGACCCAAAAGGAGCAGCAUAAGAUUAUGACACAGAUAGUUGAAUGGGAGACGCGUUUGAUGUCAUUGAAGUUCCUGCCUCUGGGAAGGACAAAGCUAGAGGAGCCGGGCAGCACAGCGUUUUGCAUAGGGCCAAUAGCUCAUUACAGUUGGUGGCAUGGCGAGAGAAGCAUUAUAAAUAUUGACCUCGGACCUUGGUCAUUAUCCGUCGACAUCUUCCGAGCAGUUGGCGAACGUGAACUAAGCUGGGCCAAAGCCUAUGCAAAGCCUCGCUUGCCCUAUGAGCGCCUUUAUAGGGAUAUCUACGAAUUCAAGCGUGUUUCACCAGACACCCACGUUACAGAUCUUCCAAACAACAUCCUCGUGUCUGACAUAAAUGAAAUAACUGGCCUCAUAGACUGGCAGCAUUGCGCGAUUCUCCCUCUCGGUAUCGUUGCUGGAAUUCCGGCUCACUUCCAGAAUUACGGCGAUCCAGAGUCAGAAAUGCUCAAACAACCUCAGCUUAAACUGCCCUCUGAUUACAACUUCAUGUCACCCUCCGAGCAGAAUUCAGUCAAGGAAAUUCAUUGCAGAAGAGUGAUCCAUUUCCUGUACGCCGCCCUGACUAAAAUGCUAAAUCAAGAUCAUUACAAAGCUAUCUUCGACCAGUCAAUUAUUUUCCGACAACGCCUUUUCCAGAGUGCCGGCACACCUUGGGAGGGAGACUCAGUAUCACUGCGUGCUGAGCUCAUUCGCUCGAUAUUGAACCGGUCGGCGAUCGUCCAGAUUAAUAAAGUUGCUCCGCCGGUGGACUAUCCAGAAGAUGUCCGGGAGACUGUUGACUUGGAUGCGCAGCAGAGAGAGGCCGAUGUGGCAAUGGAAGAGAUGCGACAUGCUUUAGGGGUCGAUAUUAUGGGCUGGGUACCGAAUGAAGAUUAUAAGGGUGCCAGAAGACUGGCAUCUGAGAUAAAGAAACGUUUCCCUUUUGAUGAUUACGAUCAAGGGGCUCAAGCCAAUGUUUGA